AUGCGAUCGUUCACGUCACAAGGUGAUCCCCCGGACUCCGCGCGACGCCCUUCGGCUAGUGCGGGGUCUCAAUUCCGAGCGACUAUUCCCAACUUUCGGAACAGUACAACACAACCCCCCUACAACAUCAUUACCGGUGAAUCGGGGACCAUGACCCCCAACCGCACAAUGGCGCGCCCUAGUUCACGACAGGGCGGCCUCUCCGGUCCAUCUCCCCCACGGGGCCGGGCCGCUACCCUUGGAAGCAACGUUAGUCGCGAAAGCAGCAAGGAGAACCGGCCGCCAGAUGAUGCUGAAGAGUACGAAACGCAACGGAAGCGAAUCGAGGAGCUCAAGGCCGAGGUAGGCACACUGCAUUACCAAAUCAGCAGCUACGAACAGGAGAAAGAGCUCGCACGUUUGCAGAUGGAGAAUGAAAUGCGUGAUACCAAGCGAAGGGCCGAGGAUGAUUUCAAGGCGAAACAAGCCGCGGAAGCUGAGAAGAGCAAGGCCCAGCGGCAGGCGGAGGCGCUCCAAAAUGAGUUGGACGAACUAAGGGUGGAGAAAGAGCAGCAAAAACGAGACCUAGAGGCGAAAGCGAGAGAUGCGGCGGAGGAAGCGAGGAUAUUACAAGAACAGCUGGAAGAGUUAAACGCCGCCAAGGACGAGGCUGCGCGCAUAGCAGAGCGGGAGGCGAUUGAUCUGAGGGCAAAGCUGGCCUCAGCGCAGCGGGCUGCCCAUGAACACGAGGAAGAGGCCAGGACAAGGGAAGAGGUGCUCGAGAAGACACAAUCACAACUAACCGAUCGUGAUGAGACGAUUGGUCGACUGGAAGCCGAUGUUCUUCGCUUGAAGGCGCAGACGGGUGAUGCGGAGACUAUUGCUGUCAUCCGGCGCGAGUUGUCCGACCAGGUUACGCACAUCCGAAACCUGGAAGCAAAGAACAGGGACCAAGGUGCUGAGCUCAAGCAUCUUCGCCAGGUUCACAAGGCUGUGGAGAUUGUCGAAGAGGAGAAACGCUCACUGCAACGCAAGCUGGAGGCGGCAGGGUCGGUUCAGGCCGAGCUGGACGAAGAGCGGAGACAACGACAGAGGUUGGAAAACGAUCGGCAGUCCUGGGCGGCUUAUUUACAGUCCGAAGGAGGCGCUGAUGGUCAGAACGAAUUUGACUCCCCUGAAUCUGUCGCUAGGGCGUUAGUAUCGGAGCGUCUGCACUCGGCGUCACUCGUUGAGAAGCUGGGAGAGCUCCAACCAGAGAUCGCCGACCGCGACAAUAUCAUCAAAUCGCUAGAGGAUGAAAAGGCUCGGCUCCUCGACCAGAUGGAAAAGCUGCGCACAUCAGCGCCCUCGACAGGAGGUAACGACAAGGCUCGUACCCGCCUCGAACGUCAACGCGCCCUCGCGGCUAAAGAGGUCGAAUAUCUUCGCGCGCAGCUUAAGACGUUUGACAUGGAAGACAUGACCCUGCAACCCGAGAGCGUGGACCAACAGAAGAUAAAGCGCAUCCAAGAACUUGAGGAUCUAGUCGACAAGUACAAGGCCGAAGUAACCAUGCUCCAUGCGGACCUCAGUUCCUUGGACUCGUCCUCCACCGCCAGCCCAGCCCAACCUAUGCUCGGGAGUAAACGCCCGCGCGAAAGCGACGACGGCGAGAACGAGCAACUCGGCGCACUUGCGCGCAAAAACCGCAAGCUGCAGUCGGAGCUUUCCGACCUCCAAACCGCCCAUCGCCUCCUCCAAAAAGAGCACGAGGUUGGCACGUCCCAGCUUGCCUCGGCUCAAAACCAGCUCAAGACCCGCGUCCUCUCGCUCCGCUCGAACCCCACGUCUGACCAUGAAUCCGCCAAAGCGUCUACGCUGGCGGCCCUCAAACUCGAGAACGCCGAGCUCCUGGCUCAUAUCGAGCGCAAACCCACCCUCUUCGCCACUGUCCCAGCCUCCCAGCUCGCCGCCGCCCAGCGUGAGAUCGCCGAUGCCCGCGCCGAGACCGCCUCAGCUCACAAGUCGGCGCGCCGCCUCAAAGAAGUCUGGGCCUCCAAGUCAGCCGAGUUCAAGGAAGCCGUCUUCAGCACGCUCGGCUGGACGGUCACCUUCAUCCCCGGUGGCAAGAUGCGCGUGGAGAGCGUGUAUUACCCAUCGCAGACGGACGAACACGAAAAUAGUAUCGUGUUUGAUGGUGAGAAGGGCACGAUGAAGGUCGGUGGUGGGCCUCGGAGCGCGUUUGCCCAACGGAUCGGGGAUAAUAUUAAGUUUUGGGUGCGCGAGCGUGGAUGUGUCCCGUGUUUCCUUGCGGCUCUGACCUUGGAGUUUUGGGAGGAGCAGAGCAAAGCUGAAGGAAGGAUUGAAGGGUAA